AUGUGCGUGGGGAAGUGCAGCCGGAUUGUGGGUCCCUGCCUGCUGGUGCUGGGCACGCUCUCCGUGGCAGCCAACAUCCUCCUGCUCUUCCCCAGUGGGGCAACGAAGUACCUGGCCGAGGGGCACAUCAGCAAACACGCCAAAGCCCUGCCGGGCGUCUGGGGAGGCGGCAUCGCUGUGCUGCUGGCAGCGACCCACAUCACAGCAGUGGGGUGGCGAUGUGCCAGCUGCUCCGACUGUGGCACCCGGCGCAAUGCUUUCAUCUCCGCCGUGCUCUCCAAGCUGGCGCUGCUGGGUGCCGCUGCCUGCUUCCUCCUCUGCGGGGUGGGUUUGACCAACGGACCCCUCUGCUUGUACAACGCCUCGGAGCACGGCCGCGGGCACAGCACCCUCUGGGGUUACCCCUUCCUGGACGCUGGCAGCCAGGAUGGGCUUGCUGAGAGUUACCUGCACAAUCGUCACACCUGGAACAUCUGUCUGGAGCCAGCGGGCAUCGUGGCCUGGAACGUCAUCCUCUUCUCCCUCCUGCUGCUCGUCAGCGCUGCCGAGAUGGUCCUGGCCUCCCUCCAGAUCCUAAACGGCUGCCUCGGUUGCCUCUGCGGCUUUUGCGAGGGGAAGUAG